AUGAGCCGGGGGGGGCCCUCGGGGGGGGACAACGUCCCCUCAGAGCUGCUGCAGCACCAGGAAAACCUGCGGCUCUUUGAGCUCCUGGGCCGGAAAUGUGUGGCGCUGGUGACGGCCGUGGCGCAGCUCGUGGUGGCCGAGCCGGGGGGCGCGGGGGGGGGCGCCUGGGCCCGGCGCGGCUGCGGCGCCGUGUGCCUGGUGCGGGACAGCGCCCGGCGCUCCUACUUCAUCCGCCUCUACGAGCUGGGCGCCGGGGCGCUGCGCUGGGAGCAGGAGCUGCAGGGGGGGAUGGGCUACACGGCCCCCACCCCCUUCUUCCACACCUUCGUCUCCCACGAGGGCCAGGCGGGGCUGAACUUCGCGGAUGAGAGGGAAGCGGCCGCCUUCGAGGGGCUGGUCCAGGAGCGGCUGCGCCGGCGCCAGCAGCGGGCGGAGAAGCGGCAGCUCCCACCUCCACCACGCCACGGUGAUGAGCGUCCUGGGAGCCUGUCCCGCACCUCCGCGACCCCUGCUGAUGGCAGCGCCCCUCUUCUGCCAGCCGUGCCCAUCAGCAACCCUGACAUCACAGCGUCCCGCUACCGGGGGCUGCCCAGUCCCACGGCUGGACCUACAGUGAGCCCCACAGCUGGGGACCAGAAGAAGGGCCGCAAGAAGAUCUCCAAGGCCGACAUUGGCGCCCCGUCUGGCUUCAAGCAUGUAGGUCACAUCGGUUGGGACCCCAGUAACGGCUUUGAUGUGGCAGCGCUGGACCCUGCUCUCCGGGCCCUCUUCGCCCAGGCCGGCAUCACCGAGGUGCAAUUGGCUGACGCCGAGACCUCGCGCCUUAUCCAUGACUUCAUUGCUGACCGGGGCGGGCUGCAGGCGGUGAGGGAGGAGCUGCGGCGCCAGGGUCCUCCCCCCCCGCCGAGCCGAGGGGCUGCCCCUCCUCCUCCUCCCCCUCCCGGGCCCCCCCGCAGCCGCACGGGGCCGCUGCCUCCACCGCCAGGGGGCGCCUUGCCUCCACCGCGCGGUGGCCCCUCCCCUCCCGCGGUGCCCCCGCCCUCCCGGCCCGUGGCUCCGCCCCCUGGACGAGGCCCCGCCCCCCCGGGGGCCACCGCGGCUCCGCCCCCACCUCCCCCGCUCCCCCCGCCGGCCACCCCCGGCGGAGGCCCCGCCCCCCCCACCCCCCCGGCGCGGGGGGCGCUGCUGGACCAGAUCCGCCAAGGGGUGACCCUGAACAAGACCCCUGAGUGCCCCGAGGGCAGCAGCAGCGGCGCCGGCGCAGGGGGGCUGGUGGGAGCCCUCAUGGACGUGAUGCAGAAGCGCAGCAGAGCCAUCCACUCCUCGGACGAGGGCGAAGAACUCGAGGAGGAGGAUGAAGACGACGAGUGGGACGAUUGAGCCCAUACCUCACCCGCACCGCAGGCUGAGAACCCCACCUCCUUCCCCUCGCCCCCCCACCUGUGAGACAGAACCAUUAAAGGCAGCACUAAUCACCGCUAA